AUGGCACUCGCUCACCUCCAAUAUGCCUACCUUGAGCUGGUCACGACCAUCGUGCCUGGCCCACAGAGCAUCACGUACUUCUUGCCACUGAUAUUAUUGAUCACAGGUCUGUCAGUACCUCAAGAGGUGCUCUCCCAUAAUCUCCUGGCAGCACUCAUUGUGCCUGUCAGCAUUGCGAGCACAAUACAUGCCUGGCUGAUGAUGGGGUCUCUGGACGUUGUGAGCGUGGAUACGUUGUGGUGGACACUAUUCUUCUUGGUAUUCCGAGACCCACGGAAAGACUUCAGAAGAAUCGUUGAAGCUGGCGGCGGUGAAGUUGAUCACAAGGACGGAAGAAUCGCUAAGCCGAAGAAUCGAUUCCCGGAAAUCAAGGAGCAAGGAUAUCCAAAGGACUUCUUGAGCAGGCUUCAGUGGGUGCUACCCCUAACUCAAGAACGACCAUUAACGAGUUGGAAGACGGGCGAAGCCUCACACGAUGCCAAGGUCCUGUCUCCCUACAUCACGCAGUCACGUUGGACUUUCAUCCGAUCGAUCCUGGUCGUUCUACUUCCAGCUUUGGCGAUCACAAUGCCUCUAGCACUGCAGCUAAAAGCCAACGAUCUGUUCUUCUCAGCCGCCGGACAAUUCCUAGACAUGCCACUCGUGGCCGCAGACAACAACACACCAACGAUCGUGGCAAUCCUACAACACUCUCUUCCAAGGCAACUCCUGCGCCCACUGACCCUCGGCCUCUACCUCUACUCCCUCAUGAUCCUCCUGUUUCUCCCGCCCUUCCUCCUUCCAGUGAUUCUCACUUUCCUGGCCCCUUCCGGUUCAACAGCACACUGGUCCCCUCACAACUGGCCUCAACCCCACUUGGGGCCCUUCUCUGCCGUUCUGGACCAUGGUCUUCGUGGCCUUUGGGGCAAGUGGUGGCAUCAGCAAAUGCGACAUGCUGUGUCUGAACCGGGGCGAUGGCUUUCAGCCAAGCUUCACCUGUGCAAGAAUGGACUGCCGAGAUAUGCCAUGAUUUGCUGCAGUGCAUUCUUACUCAGUGGGCUCACGCAUGCUGGGCUAGUCCCUGCUGAGCUGCGGUGGGCAGAGUUGUAUCAGCCUUGGGAAUUGAGGCUGAGAUUUGCGGCGUUCUUUUGGAUUCAACCUGUUGGGAUUCUGGCUGAGGCUACGCUGGUUGAGCCUAUGCUGCGGAGAUUGUCUGGGUCUGCAGCGAAUUUAUUCCGGUACUUGGCUGUGAGGGUAAUGCGGCUCUGCUGGGUUGUGCUAUUCAUGUGUCUGGCUCUAACCUUCCUACACGAUCCCUUCAUCGAGCUGGGAUACUGGAAGAUUUGGCCACCUGCACUCUUACCAGCGAACGCUCAGAGCAUGCUACGAGGUGACUGGCUGCCCUGA